CGACGCCGUCCGCGAAUGUGUUUCGUGGUCUUUGAACAUAGUUAAUUUUAACUAGAUAAGGUAUUGCGUUGAUGUAUCGCAUGACGAUAUCAUAGAUAAUAUCGUUGAGUAGCCCAACUGCGCGAGAUUUAGCUGAUGUAAUCUGAUCUUGCGCUCCACGCGGUCAAGUUAUCCAUUUGUAGGUUAGGAACGCUACAUUUCGAGCAUAUUCUUUGCACAGGUUAUUACGCGUGGUAUUAUGGAUUUACCCGGGAAUGGAGCAUCGCGCGAUCUCGUUAAAUGUCCUCUAACGUUACCACAGCUCUCCGAGUUGCAUUCAAUGCCGACUGCUGCAGCCGUUGCAAUUGCCGCCAUCGCCGCGGCUGAUAACCGUAGCAUGCAAUCGCAGGAAGUGCAAACCACUGUCCAAGCGGUCACGUCACCGCAAGAGACUUCGACAAGUACACUCAGCAGAUACCUUGCGACACCUUUACCUGGCUGGCAGGAUACUUUGAUUCAAUUAUGCGAGAAGCAAAUGCUUAACCAGUUAAUUAAUGUCCCUAGUUAUAGUCAAAAUACCGUGACAUUCGGUACAGCGAAUAAUUUUCAUCUUAAUAGUCGAUACUUACCUUCCACAUCGCAGGCAGAUACUGUAAAGCAAGGGAUAGAUAUCCAGCCUAAAGAGGAGAAAAAUUCAGACAAGGAAUCUGAAAUUUUAUUAAAGCACCAAACAGCAGCAGCCAUGGCUGAAUAUUUACAGAAAUUACCAUCUGAAUUUUCUCUGCGAGAAGCGUUUGAACUAUGUGCAGAACAAGCAAAAAAAGAGAAGACACAGGAAGAGAAAGUAGAGCACGUGCAGAAUAAUAUUUUAAAUAUACCAAAUAUCAGAAAUAUUUGGCUACAAAAUGGCAAUAAUUUCGCAAACUCGGAUCAAAUGACAAUGACUGUUAAUCCGAGUGAUCUGAAUCUGCAAAAUGAACAAGAAAUUGAAAACAAUUUGCGAAAUGUCUUAAAAGUCGAGCAACAAGUACAAACCGAUUUGCCAAAAAUCGAGAAAAAAACGAAAUUUCGAGCGAAAAUUAGCGAGAUUAAAAUCAGCGUUAACUACGACGGAACUACGCUUUACUGUUGCCCGGAGUGCAAUUUAGGGUUUCCAGACAAGGCGGACAUCGCACAACAUAUACAGGCUCAUCUUCAGGAACGAAAAUACCAAUGCAAAGAAUGUGGUGCCAUGUUGAAAAGAAAGGAGCAUCUUGAUCAGCACAUGCGAGGUCAUUCGAACGAGCGACCUUUUAAAUGUGAUGUAUGCCAGAAGGCGUUUAAGAGAAAUGAACACUUAACAAGACAUACCGUCAUCCAUUCCGGCACUAAGGAUUUUCCAUGCUCCAUGUGCCAGAAAGCAUUUUCGCGCAAGGACCAUUUAAAUAAGCACGUUCAAACGCAUUUUGGCAUUCGUAAGAAUAAAAAGGAGGAUUAUUAUACCGAUCAAAAAGAUACAAGAGUAUUCGAUAACAGUACCGAUAUCGCGGCAACGCCUAAGCAGGAGUGCAAGAGCGUAAACGUGCAUCACGAUUGAUUGGCUUUCGUGGCUUGUGUGUCCAUUGUCUUUCGCCUGCGCCUCUGCGAGCCAUCGGCAUAGAGUUGCCCAAUGGAAUUGAUAGUCGCGGCACGCAUGGUUGCUUCGCGGCCAAAUCGGCUUGGCUUGUCCGAGCGAUUUACGAUAUAGCUCCCCGAUUUUUAUGGCAGGUCAAGGUAUUGCCACAAGCACGUCAUCGCUUCAUCAUAUUGAAAUUCGUAUAGUGCGAAAAUUGAUGAAUUGCAUCUCGUAUUAAUCCAUGUGCAUCGAACGCAAACGAUGAAAUGACUACAUAUAUCCGAUAGCUUUUUUAACGGAUAAAAUCGCAUAUAUCACGUCUUUUCGUAAAAUAUAUAUAUAUCGCGCCAAGCGCGGUACACAUAGGGAGGAAAUAAAAUUUCGAAAAAUGUUUUUGCUUUUGCCUCUGAUAUCAGAAUGCGUGAUUUAUUUAACAAAACGGGCACAUUUGUGGAUAAUAGAAUAUACAUGAGAGUAAAAUAUAUGUGUAUUGUAUAUAUUUAUGUAGUAUAAAUUUACAGUAAGAAAACUUGCCUAAAGGGCAAGUUUUACGCUUAUCAUUGGCGGUUAUGUUACAAUCACGUUCAAAUUAUUUGAAUUCCUUUGUACAAAAUUGCGGACUAAUUAUAUCUGUCUUGAUAAAAAAGCUGAUCUUGUAUUUUCUUUAUAUUUAUAUUUGAACACUCAGAUGUAAGAUAUAAAGGAAGGAAAAGUUAUUUGUCUUUCUAAAAAAAGUCUUUCAAAUUUCUACGAAAUUUGUUUACUCACCAGUUUGCCGACAAUAAAAUCUUUGUGGUUGGAUUUCGCUGUGGCUGGCGAGCAUUAAAAUGUAAAAUAUGAAUCACGCGAUUGUGUGAGACACGACUAAGUAAUGUCUUUGCUUAUACGAGCUCGUUCGAUCAUUACGUAUCGAUUCGGUAAUAUAUAAAAAGUAAGGGAGAUUAUCGAAGAUGAUGGUUUCAAUUAAAGCAAAAAAGAGAGGAGGAAAAAUAGUAGCAGAAUUAAAGUGGAUCGUUAAAAUUUUUACGCGUCUACGUUAGCUUAAUGAAAGGGGCUGAUGCACGAGAGAGAUCAGUAGCACUCGGGAAUAAAUCACGAAAGAUUUAAUAGUUGAGUCGAGUUUUACGAGGCAAAUGACGUUAAUGGAAAGAUAAAAAGGAUUUAUUACACAGACGAGCAAUUACAGUACUUAGUUACUACAAAUGUGCAUAAGAAUAAUUUCGAUCUUUUUCACGAUAAAUUUCCCAAUCAAUCGCAAGUAACUAGAAGCGAAAACUCGGUGAAAAGUUAUCAUAGAUAUAGCAAAUAGUAAGACAAUACAAUCUUUUUAAGGUGCAGAACUGCUUCUUGUUUGCAUACCUUAAAUUGUUUAUUAAUUCAGGAAUUUUAUGCGCGAUAAUCGCGGCAUCGUGCAAUCCUUCUUGAAAUAUUGAAGAUAGUUUAUUAUAUUUCGUAAAUGUACAUAUAGAAAUUAAUUGUAUUAUUUAUAUCAUCAAUCGAGAAAAAAAUCGAUGUUUCAAUGUGGAUUGCACGAUAAAUUAUUGCGAUACAUGAAUUGUAAAUCGCAACUUGUCAUUUAGCAAGUUAAAUUUUGUAAAAUUUCAGAAUUAACAUUAGUUAGAGAGAUAAUCGAAGCGUGUAACAUCUAAUAAGAAAAGUGUUAAAAAGAUGAAAAUUGCAGCUUAAGUUCCUAUAGACAUAGAAUCUAGAGUCGUGGAUUUUCGAAAAUUGACAACAAAUUUUAACAGGAUUUUGUAAUUAUAGAGUGAGAAUAAAUGUAUC